AUGCUACCCAAAAGAUCCAAACUAGAGACUGAGAAGCCUCAGUCGAUCAAGAUCACACCCAGAGAGGAGCAGCAAUCUGAAAAGAUUGGAAAGAGUAACCAUACAGCAUCAGCUUCAUCCCAAGGCACAAUCAAAAAGAGAUCAGCAUUUGAAGAUGUUACUAAUGCAUCUUAUGUUCAAUGUGUCCAGCCAAAGGAAGACAGUGCAGAGCUUAGAAGCCAUAUUUCCAAAAGGACAAGGAAGGGAGUUGGUGAAAUCCCUCAGAAAAAAAAAGAAAAAAGUUCUAAGUUGGGACAUGUUACCUCACUGUCAAACGUGGAGAAAGAGUUUAUUCUGGAUAUACCCAACAAGCCUAAAACACUAACUACUGAGGAACCACCUGUCUUUCAAAAGACAUUAGUUUUAAAUGAACAGCAUGCUACUGAAGAGACAAACCUUAUGAGGAAGACAUUAAAGAGUUGUGCAUUUUAUCAGGAAACAUUUCUAAUGGAGAAGCCACAAACCUUGCUGGAGAAGACUAAAGAUUACAAAGAGUUUGAUUCAGAGCUGAUGACUUCUAGAAGGAAGGAUAAACCUGAAGAGGCAACCAUCAUUGAGGAGAUGACUGAUUUAAAGGAGCCUGUUUUUGGGAAGGUGACUCUCACCUCAAGCCCAUUAUAUUUAAAGAAUAAACAUGCUGUUCAAGAAGAGAAGCAUGCUAUUCAGGGGAAGAGUUCAUUCAAGAAGAAAUCAUUAGCAAUGAAGGCGGUGACUACUAAAGAGAAUUCACCAGUCAAAAAGCCACAUUUCAGGAAAAAGAAACCUACCACUGAGUUGAAGUCUUUGUUACAGGAGCAGUCUUCACUACAAGAGAAAUAUAAUACUCAAGGGGACACAAGCAUCUUGAAGAAGCCAAGGGUGUUACAAAAGAAUAUAAAUAACAAAGUUGAUACUUUAACAGAGCCAGUUACUUUUAAAAGGAAACAUAGUACCAAUGAAGCAAUCCACACAAAGAAGCUGUCUUCUUCUAAAAAUAAACAUGACACUCAGGGAAAAGGCACUAAUUUGAGGCCACUAGGAGUUCAGCCAGUCACCCAUGAAAAUGAGCCAUUGUCCUCUAAGAAGUCAACUACUAAGAAGAAAGAUUCCCAUUUCCAUGGGCCAUCUGUACUGCCAGAUAAACAUAGCCCUCAAAUGAAGGUGCCCACUGUGAAAAACUCCCUGGCUCUGCAAAAUCCUACCACUGAAGAGAUGAUGUUACAUUUUCCAGUAGCUCCAGUUUUGAAGAUGGGGCAAAACAUGGAAGAGGCCCCUUGCCUAAAGAAGCCCUCACCUUUAAGGAAGCAGCAGCAACUCCCUAAAAGGAGUCGUUCCUUCAGUAAGUGUGCAGUACAAGAAACAGUCACCAGCAAGUCAUUGUCCUUUAAGAAGUCUACCACUAAGAAAGAUCCCUCUUUCCAGGGGUCAUUAGCACUGCGAAAGAAGCGUAACAGUCCUGGGAAAUUGUCGAAACAGAAGAAGUGCUAUGUCCUACCAAAGCAUUGCAUGGAGAAAGACUCACAUUUUCAGUUAGAUUCAGCUUUUAAGAAACAACACAUUAGGGAGGAGCCAGAGUCCACCCAUAAACCUUUAAUAUUAGAGAUGCAGCAGACUACUAAAGAGACGGAGUUCCGUUUGAGAAAUCCACUAGUAUUACCAACAGUCACUUCAGGAACAAAGUCACUAACUAAGGAGCCACCAUCCUUUAAGAAAGAAAAUACACCUUUACUGAAAAGAAAGUGUGCUACUCACACAAUAACCUUACAACAAGCACAGUUAGAGUGGGAGGAAACAACAGGUGAAGAUAGAAAUUUGUUUUCUACAAGGCCUGAAUUACAUAAGAAGGAACCUACACCUGGGCUCCUUCAGGAUCCAUUGCCACAGAAUGAAAAUUGCUUAAUUCCACAAAAACUAUCCCUCUCAAUGCCAUUGGACUCACAGAAGAUCACCAGUCAAGAAAGAGCACAUAGUAAGGAAUCAGUGACUUCAAAUGAUGACAAUGACUUCUUCUCUCAAGACCUGUUUUCUCCUUUCAGUUCUACUGAUGAAGAUACAUUGAAAUUCCAUAAGUCUUUGGACUUGCAAGAGAAGGUUGAUAGAAAAAAUGACUCUCCCACAAAAAUGUCUGACUCCCAGGACAGUGUUUCCGAAGAAGAGUCCUUUUUAAGAAAGCUAUUUUCUAAGGACAGACACUCCUCCUCUGAAGAAUCAAGCCAAGAGCGGCCUGUUGCUCUGGAACAGGAAUUCCUCUUAAAGAAAGUAUUGAAUGAGAAUACCAGUAGUGAUGUUGAGGGGCCUCUUAGUCAUCAGUCACCUCACAUUGAGAACCAUUCUGGCACUACGAAGGAGGCUUUGGAGGCCUUGGAUGCCUUAGAAGCCUUGGAUGCCUUAGAAGCCUUGGAGGCAUCAGAGACCUUGGAGGCCCUGGAGGCCUUGGAGGCCUCGGGAGCCUUGGAACCUUUAAACAUUCAAGAAGAGCUCAGCACUGAGGAUAUAGUUGCCAUCAUGAAGUCACUGAUCACAGAAGAUGAGUCUAUUAAGGAGGCUUUCAUCAGGAGUUACACUACUGCCACAGAAGCUCCAGCUGAGAAAUCUUUGUCCUUGGAAGAGACUAGCAUCAACGAGGUGGCAACUCUGAAGGAGCCCUUAUCUUCACAGGAGAAACACAGAGCUGAGCUGGUGACUGUUCUGAAGGAGCUACUUGUCUUAGUGAAGAAUCCCAGGCUGGAGAGGUUGGCCUUAGCCUUUCAGGAGAAUCCACCCAGUAAUGUAGAGACUCUCUUGAGGGAAGUAUUGGCAUUGGUGGAGAAAUCUACAGAUGAGGAAUCUACUCUGAACGAGCCCCUUGCCUUGCAGGAGAAACUUAGCACUAAAGCGGAGCUUAGCCCAAAGGAACUAUUGGCCUUGGAAGACAGUCCCAGCUUUCUAAAGGCAAGCCCCCAGGGCUCUUUGACCUUUGAUCAUAAGCCUGACAUUGAGAAGGAUGAAAUAACCAGAAUGUCAUUUUCUUUUGAGGAGUUCAGCAUAGAUUCCCUUUACGAGAAGGUAUUAGCACUGAGCGAGGGAUUUACUACUACAGAGCAAUUGUCCUUUACAGAUCUACAGAAUUUUGAUGAGAGUAAAAUUGUUGAUGAAGAGGAUUUUUUCAAAUCAUUCUUUGUCUUUGAAAAUGAGAAUAACCCUAAUUUGUCCAGCAAUGGUUUUGAAUCCAGAAAAGACAAUUCUAGUGCUCUCAUGCCCAGUUUAGAGGCGUUCAAUUCUGUCAUGAACUCCGAACCAUGUGUAUCUGCUACCAAAAACUCUCAGUCAUCUCUGGGCGGAAAAGAGACUGAGGUCAUCAUAUUGGAUGACAGUGACACACAGGAAAGUUUUGUAAGGGAAGACAGCGAUCUAUUAUUGAGCUCUACAUAUGCCAAGAACAUCUUCAUUUACUUGAAAGAAAGAGAGGAAAAGUUCAUAGUUACAAAAUACAUGGAUGAGCAGAUAGAACUCACCAGUGAUAUGAGAGCCAUUCUUGUGGACUGGAUGGUGGAGGUACAGGCAAACUUUCGGAUGAGCCAUGAGACCCUAUAUUUGGCAGUGAAGCUAAUGGAUCGCUACCUAAUGAAGGCACAAUGCGAGAAGAACCAUCUACAACUCCUUGGUUCCACUGCCUAUAUGAUUGCAGCCAAGUUUGAGGAAUCCUAUCCCCCUUCCCUAACAGAGUUCCUGUACAUUUGUGAAGAUCUUUAUCCAAAGAGUGAGAUGGUGUCCUUGGAAAGAAACAUCCUGAAAACUCUCAACUUUGACAUCAAUAUUCCCAUUGCAUAUCAUUUUCUACGUAGAUAUGCUUCGUGCAUCCAUGCUAGCAUGAAGACACUAACCUUAUCCCGCUUCAUCUGUGAGAUGACCCUGCAGGAAUAUGACUAUAUCGACGAGAGGCCUUCAAAGCUAGCUGCAGCCUCCUUCAUCUUGGCCCUCUAUAUGAGGAAUCUCAAGGAUUGUGUUCCUUCACUGGAAUAUUCCACUGGCUACCAGCUGGCUGAACUCCAUAUCUUGGUCAGGAAGCUAAACCAUUUGCUGAACUUCCGAUCCCGUACUGUGCUCAAAAAUGUGUUUGAGAAGUACUCUGAAGAGACCUACUUUGAAGUCGCCAAAAUCCCUCCUUUGAGCAUGAAAGAUCUAGAGGAUCUUUUGGAUUGUGCAUUAUUCAGCUGA